AUUUGUGAUUGUAUUCAUCUGUCAGCCACAUAUCCUGCUUUGUAUAUGGCUAGUUUACAGUUCCUCUCUGCCCUUUUGAAUGAGGAAGGAAGAAGGCAGCUCCGAGAUAAGCAGAGUAUGUGUCACAAUCCAACUAUUAGCUUUCUUCUGGAUCACGUUGAAGGAUGCCAGGCAUCAGUAACCCAACUUACCGCAUUAAUUAUUCAGGUCUGUGAAAGAAAAUCUUCAAAGGAUGUGCUGAAAGAAGUUGCUACAAAUACACUGCUGUCUCUGUUAGCUGUCAGUAAAAAUGCCCAGAAAUGUGCUUUGGAAGUUGACCUGAUAGACAACUGUACAGAAAACAUGAAACACAUUCAUGCACAGCUGAAUUUGGAUUCCCUAAAGCCUGGGAAAGCACAGAAAAAAAAGGUGGAUAACCUCAUCAAGAAGUUAAGGUGUUCUAUGCGGCUCCUCAGAAACUGUCUCUUUCAAAAUGAAGAAUGCAAAAUGGCAGCACUCAAAGCUCAUCUUGUUCCUGUUCUGCAUGCACUAUGGCCGUGGUUUUUAAUAGACGACUCCUCAAUGCAAACAGCUCUGCAUUUGCUUUGUGUCUACACUGCAAACUAUCCUGCAGGUUGUGCUUCACUUUGUUGGGCCAGUGGUGGACAAUCAUCACUUCCAUCUGCACGAAGUGCCGCUGGCAAUUCAUUAAUGCAUAACGUCUUGAAAUUGGCUUCCCAAGUGUCAAACGAUAACAGCCCAAUUCAGCAGGUGGUAUUUUGUCUUCUUUCUAACCUUGCUCUGUCUCAUGACUGUAAAGGCAUUAUUCAGAAGAGUAACUUCCUGCAGAACUUUUUGUCUCUUUCAUUACCAAAAGGAAGUCAUAAAAAUCCUAGUAAUGUGUCUACUCUUUGGCUAAAACUUCUACUGAACAUGUCUUUUGGAGAAGAUGGACAGCAGAUGAUCAUGAAGAUAAAUGGUUUUUUAGACCAGAUUGUGGAAAUGUGUAAAUACAAACACAAGAGCAGCCAACAUCUGGCACUUCUUAUUCUACACAACGUAUGUUUUAGUCCACCUAACAAACCAAAGAUAUUAGCUAACGAUAAAGCAAUUGGAGUACUGGCUGCCUGUUUGGAAAGUGACAGUCAUGCUGUUCAGAGAAUAGGAGCAGCUUCGCUUUGGGCUUUGCUUCAUAACUAUCAGAAGGCAAAAGUGACUUUGAAGAAUCCAUCAAUAAAGAGAAGAAUAGAUGAGGCUUAUUCUUUAGUGAAGAAAACUACUCCACAGCCAGAAGAAAAUGAGCUACAUGCCUACUAUUUAAAAUGCUUAGAGAAUAUAGUGCAGCUUCUUGAUUCUUAAUGAUCAUCAGGUGACUUCUCAUGUUGAAAUUGGACAGCUUGUUCAAUGGGAGACUGAAAUUUAAAGAAAACACUUCUAAUGCACGGAUCUGUGCCAGCAGCAUAUAUGCUAUCGAAGAAAUUUAUGAAGCCUUUGAGGAAGUUCAUCCCUUUGAACCAAAGAAAUUGCACUAAAUGUGGUUCAAACUAUUUGUACUGUAAUCCCAAUGGGAAAUUAUAAUGAUGAUGCUACUAUGUAAAGUAUGUACACAGAAGAAGGAAUGUACAGAGGAAAAGGAUGUGAAAAAUCAGUUAUUUUCUUAAAUUAUGCAUUGAAAUUGUUACUGUAAAGUAUUAGAAUUGCUGUUUUGGAUUGGUCUUAAUAAAG